AUUUCCAGACCUGACCUCACGCAGUUGCUACUGUAACACUGUGAUGACUUGGUGACAUUUGCAGGGUUACCAAAUGGGAAUUUAAAAGUAGUGUUAGUCUGCUGUCUUCCAACCUACAAACUUUUACAAAAAAAACCUCAAAACUGAAAAUCUAGUUUUCCAGUCACUGCUGUCCCUGAAGUGCCACUCAGUGUCCGCCUGCGAGGCACAGGUGGAGCAGCCAUGUCCACUGGCUCGGCUGCAAGUGAUGCUGAGGACUAUGAGACAUGUCACAGAGGGACCGCUGCCCCUUUGGAGAGGAGCGCACGGAAGAUGACUUGCUACAAUCCCAGCCGGUAUUCGGAUGAGGAGUUGGAUGAUGACAGCCUGGAGGGGAGGAUCAAGCAUGAGCGCAGACUCUCCAAGGCGCACCAGAAGGAAGCGCGCCAGUCGCAGAGAAACGCAGCCAACGCCAGGGAGAGGGCGAGAAUGAGAGUGCUGAGCAAAGCUUUCUCCAGACUAAAAACCAGCCUGCCCUGGGUACCAGCGGACACCAAGCUGUCCAAAUUGGACACGCUUCGACUCGCAUCGAGCUACAUCUCUCACCUGAGACAGCUCCUGCAGGAUGACCGAUUCGAGAAUCGCUUUGCGCACCCAGUCAAUCUGACCUGGCCAUUUAUGAUGACUGGGCGAUCAGAGGAUAGCCCAGACAUUUCAUCCACUGUCAGACUAUGUGGAGCAACAGCAUAGGACUCCCUUCUUCAAACACUUCUUCUGGAGCGUGCAGAGAUAUAAAAUGUUGACUCCUCCUGUCCAGUGCCUACCUUUAUGAGGACUGUCUGCAUAACUGUGGCUCAAUCUCUCCCUGUGUGUCCUAUGCAAUGACUUUGAACUCAACUCAGCCUUGGAUUGUGUAUUUCAGAGUAUGUCAGUUAGAAAAAUAAAGAUAGUACUCCAAGUUUGUUUUCAGAUAUGUUUUCUUGUGUGCAUGUUUGCUGUAAUUAGUAUUAUGGCAUGUUUACACUGUGUGUAAGAUCAUUUAUAUUGGAUUUAACAAACUCCAGUCUCACUAAUAGUUUUGUCAUUUCAUUGACUAUUGGACAGUGUUACAAAUAUUACGGUUAAUCACUAAAACGUAUUGAUGUACAAUACAGUUUGGGGAGCUCUGUCUGUAUACAGCAGCACUCUGUCAAGUAUUCAGGUGCUUUUGACAGGUUAAAGAGUACAUUUAAAAAAAUCAUCUCAUACCAAAUGUCUGUUUUUCUACUCUGACUUGGCUGUAUAAGCACUCAUCAAGCUAAAAUGGGCAGCAGGAUUCUUCUGUAUUGUAAAUAUGCAGUAUUUAUUGUGUU